UAUUUCUUUUCUUCUCCCGUCCAAAUCGCCACAGCUCGUCCCGACCAGUUCUCGCCACAACUCUUCCCUCUCCUCGACAUCGUCCUCACCGUGAAUCCGAGUCUUCUCCGUGACGCGUUGGCAUUCCUCACCAAGUUCUCGCCAUAGCUCUUCCCUUUCCUUGACGUUAGGUUUUUUCCUCGACGUCAACCUCGUCGCGAAUCUUCCUUCUCCGUGACCUCGCCGUGACUCUUCCCUCUCCUCGACGCAGUUCCUCGCCAGGAUGACUACAAUUACUCCAUCAAUUGCACGUGGAAGAGGGAAAAACAAACAAUAUUGGACGGAUGAGGAGGUGGAAGUGUUGGUUGACGCUCUCAUAGAACUGGCUUCCGAUCCUUUAUGGAAGGUAGAUACUGGUUUUAAAAAUGGUUAUAUGAUUCAAAUACACAAAAUGGUAUUGGGUAAGAUUCCAAGUUUCAAUAAAGCAGUUAUUCCUCAUAUUGAAUCCAAGAUCAAAUAUCUUAAAACCAAGUACAAUCCCCUCUCUGAGAUGUGUAUGCAAAGUGGGUGUCAGUGGGAUGACGUGGAGCACAAGAUUAACUGUGAAAAGCAAUGGUUCGAUGAAUGGUGUCUGAUGGUGCAGGAAAGAGAAUGAGGGAGCUCUGCUGAGCUGGUAAUUGAUUGGGG